GAUAUGAGUUACUGCUGAUGAUUGGCAUGCCAAAUUCAGAGAACUUUUAAAUCUGAAAAAAAAUCAAAUCACUAAUUUGAUAAAGAUUUAGAUUUUCUAGAAAACCAUUCUAAAAUAGACUAUCAUAACUGAAGAAACUGCGAUGAACUGGUCAGUGGGGAAAUAUCAGGACAUGAAAUAGAAAUGAUCAACACACUCGCUAAAAAAAUAUUUAUGGCUGUAACGUGCUUAAAAUAUGUCACUGUCACCUGACUACAUAGACUGAAUGAAGGCCUGGCGUUGAAGGAGGAUACGCUUUUACAGCUAACGAAAUAUCCUAUUUAUUUCAAGAUGAAGUUUGAAGACAUCGUGACUCUCCUGGGUGACUUUGGCCCCUACCAGAAGAGGCUUUACUUUCUGCUAUGUAUCCCAAUGAUAUCAUCCGGUGUGCAGAUAAUGAUGACUGUCUUCACACUAGGUGUACCAGACCACAGAUGUGCUCUCCCGGACUGGUAUAAUGACACAUACGCCAUUCAGGGAGAACAACAUGCACGUGCCAUCAACGCAGCCAUUCCUCUAUCCAAUGAAGGGACACAGCUCUACUCUUCUUGUUUCAUUAACAAUGUCAUCAAUGACACGAAUGGAGAUGCGUUUUACACAAAUACUUCGCGAAAAUGUGAAAAAUGGGUCUAUUCCACGGAUAUGUUUAGUUCAACUAUUGUAACAAAGUUUGGAUGGGUAUGUGACUUGCAGCUGACGAAGACUCAUGCCCAGACGCUAUUGAUGCUGGGACUUUUGGUUGGAAGUGUGUUGUUGUUGCCCCCGGCAGAUUUACCCGCCUAUGGUCUAUGUCUUAUCUGCAGCAUCGGAAGGAAGAAGAUGUUCAUGGUGUCAGUCAUCCUGCAUAUUGUGACAGCCAUCUCGACAGCCUUUGUCCCCAGCUUCCCAAUCCUCGGUCUCCUCUACUGCAUCAACGGGAUGUCCGGCAUGGCCAUCUGGGGCAACGCCUUUGUCGUAGGUGUGGAGUUAGUCGGUCCUUCAAAGCGAGUAUUGACGGGCAUCGUAUGUGAGAUACUUUGGACAAGCGGUUCAUUCAUAACAGCAACACUUGCAUACUUUGUGCGAGAUUGGCAACGCCUGCAGCUGAUUCUGUCUGUGCCAACGGUUCUGUUUGUGGCAUAUUACUGGUUGAUGCCGGAGUCUCCACGCUGGCUGAUCAGUAAGAAGAAGUAUGAGGAAGCUGACAGGAUAUUGCAUCAUGCUGCCAAGGUCAACAAGAAGUCCUUACCCUUUGACGUAUUCAGUGAAGACAUGCUAGAGCAGAAGACGGAGGAACCGCUAUGGCGGAUAUUUGCAUAUCCGAAUUUGGCUAUACGGAGCCUGGUGGUGAUAUUCAACUGGUUCGUUGUUAGUAUUGGUUUCUAUGGCCUCGGGCUGAACGUUGCCAAUCUUGGCGGAAGUGUCUACACGAAUUUCUUCAUUUCAUCCGUGGCUGAGAUGGUCGGCCAUGUUGCGAGCCUUCUUCUCCUCGACCGCAUUGGAAGGAAAUCUUUUCUCUGCACCACCAUGAUCCUGGGCGGGGUGUGCUGCACAGCGACCAUUCUACCUGUGCUCUAUGGCGAUGUGUCUCUCAACUGGCUGACCAUUGCCUUAGCAUUGACUGGUCGGGGUUUCGCUGUGGCCAGCUUCGACGUCAUCUGGUUGUACUCUUCAGAACUCUUCCCCACUGUCAUCAGAAACUCGGCUCUGGCAGCUGCUAACAUAUUCGGGAGGGUUGGAGGAACUAUAUCGCCUUACAUAGCUAACCUCGCUCUGGUGAUAUCAGGAGACUUUGGUCGGGCUCUUCCUCUUCUAAUCUUCGGUACGUCCAUGGUAUUGGCUGGAUUGGCAGCUCUGGCUUUGCCUGAAACUCGGAAAGCUCCACUCCCAGAUACUAUUGAUGAUGCCCGGCAGAUGAAAAGAAGGAGCCGACAUCCUGACAAUUCACGGAGUGUCUACCUACUCUAAAAAAUAGAUGGACGCCUAAUUAUGGAUAAAGAUUUGCCCAAGCCCAUAGUAUGUCUCUAUACAGUCGAACCAAGUUGUGUCAAACUCGUCCUUGAAUAUCGAGUUAUCCUUGGUACAAGAAAAAGCGAAUUUUAUAAUGUUAUGAGAGAUUAUUACUUGUAAUCUCGUCAUCUUUGAUAUCAUACCACGUUUACUACAACCAUAAUGUAACAACUCAUAAAA